AUGAAGAACCUUUAUCAAGAUUCUGUUGUUGCGGAUGAGAAGGCAGAUGUUUCAAAGUCUGAUGAACGAGGACGAGGCGAUGAUUAUUCUUAUUCUGCAGAAGCAUCCUUCGUAUCAGGUGACGACUGUUCGUCUGGAAGCUCUGGCAAUGUAUCAAUGGAGAAGGAAGAGUCUGAAGAAUUUGAUGAUACUAGCGCGGUGGCCCAGAAGAAAUACUCAAAGAAUGACGAAGUGCUCUAUAUCAGCAGCAACAGGGAAACUGAGAUUGCGACAAUUCUAAAGGUCCAUUUGGAUGACCAGCUUGUUCCAUACUAUGAUAUUCAGCUGAAUUUAAGUGGUAGGGAGAAGCAAACCGAUGGCACACACCUAGCUGCUCCGCCAAAGAGCCACUCAGAAAAAAGAGUGUCAAAUGACAUCAAGGAAUGUACACCUGAGACACCAACACAACAACAAAGCAAUGUGGACACAGAUGUGAAGCCCCAAAAGACGUUCGCUGAGAAUGACAAGGUGGUAUAUGUCAGUAGUAACGGAGAGAGUGAAAAUGCUACAGUUGUCAAGGUCUAUUUGGACGCCGAGCUUGUUCCAUUUUAUGACAUUCGGCUGCAUUCAAGCGGCAGGGAGAAGCAAACAGAUGACGCACAUCUCAUGCCUUGUCGCGAGAGAAAGAGGCCACAGCCGAUCGAGAGUGCAAACAAACCGGAAAGACGCAGUAGCGCACCCGAUCAGUGGACGAAGAAAACAGGCGCGCCUCGACGCCGAAGCAGUAUUGCUUUUGGUUGCGCUGAUCAUUCUGAUGGCUCUGUCCCAAAGAAGACAUACGCAGAGAACGAAAAGGUCAUCUAUGUUAGCAGUGAUGGAGACAGCGAAAAUGCUACCAUCAUAAAAGUACAUUUGGAUGACCAGCUUGUUCCAUUCUAUGACAUUCGGCUGCAUUCCAGCGAUAGAGAGAAGCAAACCGAUGACGCCCAUCUUAAGCCCUGCCGAGAAAGGAAGAAGUCUGUUGCUUAUGGAAAGGUGUUUCCAGAUGGCUUUGUCUCUCCUCAUAGGGCGCCAAAAAAAACUGCGAGUCUGGCUGCACCAGAGCCGCUUGGUCGUGGAAGUGCUCAUUCUGAAGGGUUUGUCUCUCCUCGUCAAGCAGGAAAGCGAACAAAGGCACCAAAACGAAGAACGAGUCUACCUAUGCCAGACCCGCUUUGCGGAAGCAACCAUUCUAAUGGCUUUGUUUCUCCUCGUCAAGAAAAGCAAACAAACAAGGCACCAAGUAGAAAGUCCAAUCUUUCCGCAUCAGUGCCGUUGCACAUCAAUCUUCCCGACGGGUUUGUCUCUCCUCAUCAAGGCAAGCAAACAAAGGCACCAAGAAGAAGAACGAGUCUGUCUAAUCACGCUCUUCCCGAGGGCUUUGUCUCUCCUCAAGGAAAACGAAAGAGCAAGGCACCAAGGAAAAGGACAAGUCUGCCUUCACCAGAUCAGUUUGGCAAUGGUCUUCAUGCCGGCUUUGUCUCUCCUCGUCAAGAAGGGAAGCGAACAAACAAGGCACCUAGACGAAGAACGAGUCUGCCUGCACAAGACUCCCUCGGUGGAAGCAACCAUUCUGGUGGUUUUGUCUCUCCUCAGCCAAAGCGUAGAACUGCGCCAAAGCCGUCGUUGAGCAACGAUUUUUCAGAUGGUCUUGCUUCACAAACAAGAAAGCGCACGAGCAUGCCUGGGAGGAUCAAGAGUAUGGGUAUGACUGCUCAAUCGAUGAUGUCUCCCAAAUCAGCCAAUCGUAGGGCUGGUUCUGACAGUGCCAUACCAAGACAGGAUAGACUGGAUAGAUUGGAUUUGACAAGCUCAAGAGGCAGCAACAGCAAACGGCCCAAAGCCCUCCGUACUCGCAGCGUUGACAACUCUGGCGCCGGUGGCAGUGCUGCCGACUUCAAGCCUACUUCCCCAGUUGGUAGAAGCAAAUCGGCAUCACUGAUUGGCAAGGCCAAGAAGAAAAUUAUUUUCCAGUGGAAUCCGCGGACUGCUGAUGGCAUAACGUAG